UGCAGCACCAUCUGGGACUGGACUCUCUUCUCAAGCCAGCAGCGCCUUCUCAGCCAGCAGCAGACCAAGGAAAAAUCACUACCAUGAGAAUUGCAGUGAUUUGCUUCUGCCUCUUGGGCAUCACCUAUGCCCUUCCAGUUAAACCUGCUGACUCCGGCAGUUCUGAGGAAAGGCAGCUUUACAACAAAUACCCAGAUGCUGUAGCCACAUGGCUAAAGCCUGACCCAUCUCAGAAGCAGAAUCUCCUAGCACCACAGAUUACUGUAUCCUCUGAAGAAAGUGACGACUUAAAGCAAGAGACCCUCCCAAGUCAGUCCAAUGAAAGCCAUGACCACACAGACGAUGUGGAUGAUGACGAUGACGAAGACCACGUGAAUAGCCAGGACUCCAUGGACUCAAAUGACUCAGAUGACGCUGAUCACACUGAUGACCCUGACAAUUCUGAUGAGUCUCACCACUCUGAUGAAUCUGAUGAACUGGUCACUGAUUUUCCCACUGACUUCCCCACUGACUUUCCCGGAACCCCUGUUGUCACUCCAGCUGUCCCCACAAGGGACAUAUAUGAUGGCAGAGGUGAUAGUGUGGCUUAUGGAUUGAGGUCAAAAUCUAAGAAGUUCCACAGAUCUGUAGUCCAGUAUCCUGAUGCUACAGAGGAGGACCUUACGUCACACAUGGAAAGCGAUGAGGUGGAUGAUGCACACAAGGCUGUCCUUGUUGCCCAGGGCCUGCCCGUGGCUUCUGAUUGGGACAGCCGUGGGAAAGACAGCCAGGAAACAACUCUACUGGAUGACCACAGUGUGGAAACCCACAGCUACGAGCAUUCCAAAGAAUAUAAGCUGAAGGCAAUUGAUGAGAGCAAUGAGCCUUCUGAUGGUAUUGAUAGUCGGGAAGAUUCCAAAGUCAGCCAUGAAGACAAGCGAGUCUUAGACCCUAAGAGUGAGGAACAAGAUAAACACCUGAAAUUCCGCAUUUCUCAUGAAUUAGAAAGUGCAUCAUCUGAGGUCAAUUAAAAAAAGAAAAACAAAAUUUCUUGCUUUUAGUUAAAAGGAAGAAAAUACGUUAAAGUGAGGUGGAGAGAAUAUGAAAUGCUUAUUUCUCAGCUUUCUUGGUGAAUGUAUAUGUAUGUGGAUCUGGAAAUAGAUAAUGUUUUUAUCAAUAGUUUAGUGUGUGGCUUCAUGUAACAACUUUAUAAACUAAAAGCUUCAGGGUUUAGUCUAUGUUCUUUCCAUAUAAGAAAUGCAAACUAACACUGUUUUUAAUGUUUGCUAUUCUUUUAUGAAUGGAAAUUUAUGUAGAAGCAAACAAAAUACUUUUUGCAGAAGUAACAAAAUACUUGUACACGAUUAUAGGA